AGUACUGUGCAAAGAAAAGAAAUAAGCAUGCCUGCUUACCAUUCGAGUUGUGUGGGGGUUCAAAGUCUGGGAAAUAUGGCCCUAUUACCAAUUCGAACUCAGGUCCGUGGACCAGCGCCGAAACCCACCGGAGAUGAUAUGGACGUUAUUGAUGAGGCAAUAAGCUACUUCAGGGCUAACGUAUUUUUCCGGAACUACGAAAUUAAGUCCGAGGCCGAUCGCGUCCUUAUAUAUGUCACUUUGUAUAUCACGGACUGCCUCAAAAGGCUACAAAGGUGCACAUCAAAGCAACAAGCCAGCCAGGAGAUGUAUUCCCUAGCGCACUCCAGUUUUGACAUUCCGGGAGAUCCGGGUUUUCCUCUCAACGCGACGUAUAGCAAGCCUGCUACAUCAGCAGAGGCCGACAGGCUGAGACAGUUUUUAUUGCAAAUUCGACAUGAAUGCGGCCUCAGGCUUGUCGAACGGAUCUUUGAUGCCGAAGGCAAACCCUCAAAGUGGUGGCUAUGUUUUGCUCGCCGCAAGUUUAUGGAUAAAUCGCUAUCGGGACAUCGAGUUUAAGCCAAGCAAGCAAUAACCAUAAUAUUAAUUAACAACAAUAUGAAAGUGAUUAUAGGAUGAAUGCUUUAUGCUACAAAUAAGCAAGUUGUUACAAAAGUCGAAGGUAUGGAUGGGAUGAACGAAUGGAAUAAUAGCAAUAGAGAGGAUAAAACCGCAGUUUAAAAAAGCCAACGAGAACAGUGACCGAUCACGAGAUAAGUACUAGGUGUUUAUUAUUUAGUAAAUAUUAUUAUUAUUGUUAUUAUUAUUAUUAUUACUAUGAUUAUUAUUAUGAUUAUUAUUAUUGUCAUUAUUAGUGAGUUUUUUUUAUCUUCUGGUGUGCGAUUUUUAUUUAUCCAGCCAGAAUACAGCGUUGUAGGAAAACUGCCGCACACGUUAUUUACAGUGAUGAAUUACAAUUGACUGAGAACGACUAUAAUUUUUGAGGGCCGAAAUAAUAAUAAUAAAGUAAUCG